UGUUAUUAUGUUGGACUGUUGUUUGUAAAGAUCCUCGCUAUGAAACGUUGAUGCAGUUAGAAACGUCAAAUAUAACGUGACCUGUCAGACAGAACCCAGGGAUUAAAGCCCAGCCUUCCUACGGCGGCCCACUGGACCCAAGAAGGCUCCAGCCGCCAUGCGGUCUUUGUGCUGCAGCUUGUUUGCAGUGAAACUUAAUUUAAACCACAGCUGGUGGUUAAUUUAAACGUAACUUAAUUUAAACCACAGCUGGUGGUUAAUUUAAACGUAACUUGAUUUAAACCACAACUGGUGGUUAAUUUAAACUUAACUUAAUUUAAACUGGUCGUUAAUUGUGCAUUUAUCUGACCAAAGCUCCCGUCUCCGUGUAAUAAGCGGCUCUGUUUUCCACAUUAAGGGACAAUAGAAGCUCUCUGGGUCUGAGUGGGUCAGAACCAGCAGAACCGGGUCUGACCCGCUCCGGGUUAACCGGGUACCGCUGGUUAGUGGCUCUGCUAGUUUAACUAAGCCUCCCGGGGACCGGUUAGCUUCCGGUCCCGAUAGUCAGCAGCCGGAGCUAGCAGAGCGCUGCUAGCCGUCCGUGGACAUGGGGGACGUGUUGGAUCCACGGGACGUGGGUAAGACUAAACCAGGGCAGAAUCCACGGUGGCGCCCACGGACACCCAGGCGGGGAGACGUGUGGUCACACUGUGGGGCUACGUGACUCCCGUUUUCAGCGGCAGAGCAGUGAUUUUCAGCGCUAGCUUGAUGCUAGUGGCCGCCAUGUUGGUUAGGGCAAGUCUCCAACAGCUCCUCGGGUGUAAAGCCAGCAUCUGGAGCUGAGUCUGAUGCUUUUAGAGAGGGCUAAGGCCUUCUGGGCGGAGAAGGACGUGGACCAGGUCUUCUCCCGGGUCUUCCAGUGUCUGGGCCACCUGAAGCAGGUUCUGCUGAAGAGGACCGCCACAGAUAAAGAGUACGUGCGGGCUCAGAAGCUGCUGGAGUGUCUGGACUGCCCCCCCUCAGGGUUGCCGGACCUGUCCGUGGUGCAGGUGGUCAUCGGCUCAGGGGGGCUGCUGCCGGCGGCGCCCGUCCAGCUGUUCAACGGGGGGCCGCCCCCUGCUGGCAGGGAGGAGCUGCUGCCGCCUCUGGCCCCGGCCCAGCUGCAGUACCACCCUCACCCCUGCUGCAAGUCCUGCCUGCCCAUCUCGCCCAGGACCCCCGAGUCCAGGUCGCUGCUGCACGGCCAGAACCCCCUGAAGGUGCCACUGCUGUGCGGCUUCAAGCGGCUGACCACCAUGCCGCUGCUGAUCCGGUUCCGGCAGGACGAGGACGUUCCGGAGGACGGCUGGGACGUCAUCUACAAGGCGCCGUGUGGACAGAGCCUGCGCAGCUUCGAGGACGUGGCGUGCUUCCUGACGGCGACGGAGAGCUAUGACAUCCUGCAGGUGGACUUCUUCACCUUCAACCACCUGGUCCAGCUGGACCCGGCUCCGUCGGCCGCUUCGCCGACCCCGCAGCGGCGGGACCUGAGCCGGGGGGCGGAGCCUACGCCCGUGGAGCUGUGCAUGGGGGACGACGAGUCCCGGCCCGCCGACUUCCGCUACAGGAAGGACCGCUGGCCGCACGGCUGCUUCCUGACCCGCGGUCCCACGCUCUUCCUCGCCUGCUGCGACUGCACUGACGGCUGCGGCGCCGGCUGCGCCUGCGCGGCCAUGACGGCGGGGGGGCAGGGCUACAGACACCAGCGGCUGCCAGAGCCGGUCCAAUCGGGGCUGUACGAAUGCGGGCCGUGGUGCGGCUGCGACCGCGCCCGCUGCCAGAACCGGCUGGUCCAGAGGGGCCUGCGGGUCCGGCUGCAGGUCUACCAGACGGAGGACCGGGGCUGGGGGGUGCGCUGCCGUGACGACCUGGACCGCGGCACCUUCAUCUGCACCUACGCAGGCGUGGUUCUGCAGAGGGACCGGAGCCCCGAGGCGCCGCCGGCCGCCAAGCAGGCGCGGGCGGAGCCGCCGUCUGACGACGAGGUGGAGGUGGUGACGGAGUGGCCGGCCACGCCGGUCCUGGACACGCUGGCGCUGCCCGGCUCGCCUCGGGCCACGCAGCACGUACCGGUGAUCCAGAAGCCCGGCGAGUCCGGCGCCGCGCCUCAGGACCCGGACCAGGUCCAGACGGCGCCGCUCACAGAUUCCAGACCGACGUCUCCAUCAGCAGGCGGGCUGUCUGAGGUGAGGGUGACGGUGGCCAUGGAGGCGCAGGACGGGGGGCGGAGCCUAAAGCGAGCGGCGGCGGGGGACGACGUCUGCGUCAUCGACGCGUCCUGGGAGGGCAACGUGGGCCGCUUCAUUAACCACAGCUGCCAGCCCAACCUCUUCAUCCAGAACGUCUUCACGGACUGCCACGACCCCGCCUUCCCCGUCAUCGCCUUCUUCACCAGCAGGGUCAUCAAGGCCGGCACCGAGCUCACCUGGAACUACGCCGCCGACGGCGCCGCGGAGAACCAGGAGGUGGCCUGCCUGUGCCGCAGCAACGGCUGCCGGGGGUGGCUGCACCUGGAGGAGAACCUGUGUGACGUGUGCGAGGCUGACGCCGCGGAGAACUGAGGCGUUCCGCGUUCUGCCGUGUUUUUUAAUAAAGUCUGAUUAAAGGAA